AUGGCAGUUGGAAAGAACAAGAGGCUCUCAAAGGGCAAGAAAGGCCUCAAGAAGAAGACAGUCGACCCGUUUUCCCGCAAGGAUUGGUACUCGAUCAAGGCUCCGAGCCCUUUCAAUAUUCGAGAUGUCGGUAAAACUCUCGUGAAUCGAACAACCGGCCUCAAGAACGCGAAUGAUGCCCUCAAGGGUCGUAUUGUGGAAGUAUCGCUAGCCGAUCUCCAGAAAGACGAGGAUCAUGCCUUCCGCAAGGUUCGCCUCCGUGUUGAUGAGGUCCAAGGGAAAAACUGCCUGACCAACUUCCACGGCCUCGACUUCACUUCGGAUAAGCUACGAUCCCUGGUCCGCAAAUGGCAGACUCUAAUUGAAGCCAACGUUACCGUCAAGACCACCGAUGACUAUCUCAUCCGUCUCUUCGCCAUUGCUUUCACCAAGCGACGACCCAACCAGAUCAAGAAGACCACCUACGCUGCCUCCUCGCAGAUCCGAGCCAUCCGACGCAAAAUGACGGAGAUCAUUCAGCGCGAGGCAUCGACCUGCACUCUUACCCAGCUUACAUCCAAGCUUAUUCCGGAGGUGAUUGGCCGUGAGAUUGAAAAGUCCACCCAAGGCAUUUACCCUCUACAGAACGUGCACAUCCGAAAGGUGAAGCUUCUCAAGGCUCCCAAGUUCGAUCUUGGUGCAUUAAUGGCACUUCACGGAGAGUCGGGAACAGAUGACCAAGGUCAGAAAGUUGAGCGAGAGUUUAAGGAGCGUGUGUUGGAAGAGGUUUAA